AUGUCUAGCUCGGUUCACUGCCGGCCUCCGCUCAGAUUGCCUCCGCAGUCGUAUCCCAGCAGCAACGCCAUCAAUACGCCUCGACAGCGCUCCAAUAACAUGGACGGCUCACACCACAUGUCAUCCAGCAUCACGGAGCUCGACCUGAGCAAGUGCCACCCGCGGAUGGUUGACAGGAUCAACGCCGUGCCCGGACUCAAGACCAGUGCUGCUUUCUUCACCUUCCUCCGCGCCAACCUCGUCCUCCCUCACUCCGGGCUCUCCUCCAACCCCUCCACUCCCUACCUAGCGCCCUACGUUCCUCCACCACUACCGCCGCUAUCCCGCUCACCAUCUUCAUCCUCAUCCUCAUCUUCAACCACCAAAUCCUCCAAACCAAAAUCAAAAUCAACCACCAUGACAUCAGCACCACCAACAGUCGCCGCCAGCGGUGCCGAAAACCUCGACGACAUCCCCCCUCUCACCCUCGACAUCCUCACCACCCGCCCCGCCAAAACCGACGCCCUCAAGCUCAUCGCCGACUCCAUUGCCCAACAGCGUCAACAAGCCUCCUACCAUCUCAUCACCCACCCCGCCUGUCUCGCCGUUCUGUUCGCCGCUUUGGGUGUGGUUUACCAAUUCGCCCCCCAACCAGACUGGGGCACCACCGUCAUGCUUCUUUCCGGAGUAAUUAUGACCUACCUGAUGACCAUCAGGUACUUUACCUCGGGUUACAUCAAACUAGCCGAGUCGCUCUCCUGGGACUGGCUUUUGAACAACCCAUCCGCCGAGGUGGUCGGGGAACAAGAAGAGGAUAUCAUGCUCGGCACGUACUACGGCACCGAACUCAUCGGCGCUCUCGUCCUGCGUCUCGAACCACCCGCUUCCUCCCGCUCCUCCUCUCCCUCUUCUUCAUCAUCAUCCAACAAGCAGCGCAAGUCCCACAGUCGACAUAACUCCUUCUCUGCCAAAUCACUAAAGGGAGGAAGGGGCGUGAUCAGAGCGUGGACGACGAAACUGAGAUAUAGAGGCAGGGGAGUCGGAAAAGAUAUGCUGGUUGAAGCGGUCAGACUGACGAGAGAGAAAUGCGGAAAAGAGGCCGAGGUCGGGUUUGCGGCCGAGCAUGCGAAUGCUAAUUGUGGGGAGGUGUUGCCGGAGUGGUUUUGUGGGGGGUUUAGGAAGGGGGAGAGGAGGGCGGCGAGGUGUUUGGAGGGGGUUGUUGCUGAGUACAAGCGGUAA